AACAGCCGAGUACGAACACAGGUUUUAGCAGCUUAGGCAUCAGCGAUUUCCUCCCAUGAUGCAUGCCAUGAGCUAUCUUGUCUCAACGUCCAUGGCGGUAGGAUUACUCCUCGGUGCCGUCUCCCCAACAGUCAAGGCAGCUUCAAGCAAUGCGACGGCGAGCCGGAACACGACGGCGUCGGCACUGCCACCGUUCGGCACGAACCACACCGUCGGCGACGGUGCCGGGUGGUUGUUUGACGGCAAGGCGAAUGCCUCGACGGCCAACUACUCGGCCUGGGCAGCCAACCGCACCUUCUACCUCGGCGACUACCUCAGCUUCAAGACCCGCACGGAUAACACGGUCGUGCACACGACCAACUCUACGAUAUACAAGCUCUGCGGCUACGACGGUGGCGCUAUCGGUGGCGGGUGGAAGGCAGAGGAGGCCUUCUUGACAGUGAUGUUAGCUGCGGAGGGCGCAAACUACUUCUUCUCGGGCGCCGGCGAGGGGGAGCACUGCCGGAGGGGGAUGCGGUUCGACGUCACCGUGGCGCGCGGCCGCGGCCUCCCACAAAUACCACCGUCGUACUACGAGCCGCUGUCCGGCGGGACGGCAGGGACGGGGCUCGGUGAGGUGGUUCCGAUGUGGGUUGCUGUGAACGUUGGCUUUGCUGUUUUGCUGAUGCUGUGAAUGGUCUCCAUUUCCAUCAGGUGUUAAUCAGCAUUCAGCAACGACUUGGGAAAAUUGCAACUUCUGUAGUAACCCUGGGCUGUCUUUUCCCCCUUGAUACGUCCUCAAGUUUUAAAGAUAGUUCUCGGUUGCUUGAAAAAUUAAAAAUCUUAAUCGUCUAUAAAGUUGGUGGCCGAGGC